AUGCUAAGAGACUGUUUGGGAUGUGGGAUUAAUGAGAAGUUCCUAUUAGCUGAAGCCCAACUGGACUUCAAUCAGACACUGCAGCUGGCAUUGUCAUUAGAAAAUGCAGUAAGUGGAGCACAGGGGCUGCAGGGCAUCCCAGUGGAAGUGGACACCCUCACCUGUCCAACUGAGCUUGGGAAACAUCACUUGAGUGUACACAAUCGCAGAGCCUCACUCAGGGUAUAUCCUGAGCAGAGGAACCCUGGGCAGCCCACAGCAAAACCCCACAACAAAACCAAGCCUCAGGGAUAUUUUUCAAGACGACCAAGUGUGAAUGUGGACACAUUGAGACCAUCUGCAGCAGCAUUUGUAAAUCCACAGGAGGACAAAAACCAAAGAGUUGCAGCAGAGAGCUCUGCACCAUCUUCAGCAGCUCAGAAAUAUUCGGCUGGAUCUCCUGACCAGGAAUGGUCAGAAUUGAACUCUUCAUCAAAGACAAGCUCAGAUCAAGAAAGCACUGCAGAUGCGAGUGGAGAUCUCAGCAGUGAAAACACAACUGAUGAAAUUUACAAUAAACAUGAGGAAACGAAACGUUCAGCAAAACGUCACACUCUGGACUGGUCAAAGUUGGAAGCUGACAAAGACCAAGAUGAAUCUAAAUUCACUAAACCUGCCUCAAACUCAAAGAAAUCUUCAAGGAAACAUUUCAGUCUGGAUUUAUUAAACUAUAAAUCUUCAUUGACAUCAAUUCAAAGUUCAGAGAGUGAACAGGACAGAGAUGAAGGAAGAAAAUCCCCCAGGUUCUCGCUUGCCUCUGAUGUUACCGGACUACAUUCCAAAACAAAGGCCACAGCUGAGGAAGGCCAGCACCAGGGGAGUUCCCAGCAGGAACAGGAACCUCCAACACAGCCCGAUUCUAGUCUGGACUCAGUGAAAAGGAAACUUCCUAAGACACAGCUUCCCAGAUCUGAGAGUGAGGCAGCACCUGAUCAAAAUGAAACAAUCUCCAAAUCUCCAGCCACAGCUGAUGAGGUCAACCGUGAAGAGACUGAGCAACAGGAAGGGGAUGGUUGGAAGGCACUGCUGGAGUCCGAUAGUAAUCCACAAAUAUCGGAAGCUGGAGCGUCUGGAAAAGUAUCUGAUACUUCGAGUGAUCAAGCUGCAACCAAGGUUCUUGGACAGGCUCCUGAGGGUGAAGACAUUUUUGAAAUGAUGGUUUCCUUGGCAUUGAAUGAACUGGAGAUGGAAGCAAGUGAUACUGAAGAGCAGAGACGCCAUUUGAAAACUGGUGACAGAUGUAAAAAGGUGAUUUUAUUUCCUGAAGUAGUGGUGACAGACCGAAAACAAGGCAUCCUGGGCUUCAAAAUGCACAGAUACGUACGAGAACAAGAGAAAGCAGUCGAUAAAAAACAUCAUAAAGCGAAGACAGGAUCCACAAAGGGGCACUCCCAGCAAAAGGCAACAUGCAGAUAUGUACGAAAGGAUGAGCCUUCUGUGGAAAGGUUGGAUUCGGAACGCAUUCUGAAUGUGCUCCAAAGGGAUAAUCCAGUGCGUGUCCGGGGGACUCAUCCAGAAGGUGUGGCCGGCAAUACACCGAGCAAGCAAGAAACACAGCCACGUGGUGGUGCUGAAGAAUCAGCCCAGAAGACAUCAUCACAAGAGCCCUCCAAAAAGAAACCAACCCAAGAUGAUUGAAUAUUGUUAUCUGUAAUAGAAGAUGGUCACCAGGAACAUUUCUGCUGAAGACAG